GUUGUGACUGCCUGAGAAGAUUAGCAUGGCAGAGGUGGUUCGUGAAGAAAGCAUCAGAAUAGCAACAGAAUACAACGACAUGCCUGAAACUUUCUCCCCAGGGUCAACUACUGCAGCGCCUGGGCAGAGUUACUACAAGGGCCUCGCUGUGGCGUUUGGACUCCUGUGUCUCCUACAAGUCGGUCUCAAUGUUUCCCUUCGUAUAUACAAUUCUGGAAAGCUGGCCAACAUUGACUUCAAUUGUACAAAUGAGACUGCAGUCAUGAAGAUGAAGCUCAAUGAAUUAGAUGAGUAUUUCCAACAAGGAUGGCGGUAUUUCAGAACCAGUCUCUACUACGUGUCACCAGUGAAGAAAUCCUGGUUUGACAGCAGAAACUUCUGUGUUGAAAGAGGUGCAGACCUGGUGGUCAUCAACAACAGAGAAGAGCAGGAGUUCAUGAAUAAAUUUGGAAAGAUCACAUGGAUUGGACUGAGUCAACAGCAGGACAACGGGCAGUGGGUUUGGGUGGACGGGACUCCGCUGACCAGAAGCUUCUGGUCCCCUGGUGAGCCAAAUGAUUUUGAGGGAAUAGAGGAAAACUGCACUGAAAUAAGGGAACAUUCUAUAGAAAAGAGCUGGAAUGAUACUCCUUGUCAGCUGAAGAAAUUUUGGAUCUGUGAGAAGAAUAUAAAUUUCCUGUAACAAAAUGCAAUUUCUGUGCUUCAGUAGAAUCACUGUCUAUCUCACCUCAAUAGUCCACUAUAAUCU